GCUUCUCCCGGUUGGGAGGGGGCAGUGGCCCCGGGUUCGCGCCCCCUCCCAGCCGGGAGAAGCGGCUUUUCCUCGGGAGGGUAGUGUAAGGUUUUCCUCUACCUCGCUGAGGGCGGUGAAGUCAUCCCCGGACCUUCCGUGACAGUGCCUGAACAGCCUGGAUAUGAUGCCAAAAGAUCUCCAAAGGAUUUUAUAGUUUGACCCAAUGAUUCUUCUGGAUCUAUAUUUCUCUCUUCAAGAAUAAGCGCAAAGACCAAAUCCUACUUACUACCAGAUAUUUUCUUAUUGCAAGAUCAUGGACCAUAUCACUAGGGAGAAAGAUGAAAGGCGAACAGGGAAGGCAAAUCCAGGAAGAAGUACGCACAGUUCCCGAGCAUCAAGUUCCACUUCGGCGGCUGGAGUUCUCAUGGUUGGGCCCAAUUUUAGGGUUGGCAAGAAGAUCGGCUGUGGCAAUUUUGGGGAGCUUAGGCUAGGCAAAAAUCUUUACACAAAUGAAUAUGUAGCAAUCAAGCUGGAGCCAUUAAAAUCUCGUGCCCCACAACUACACUUAGAGUAUAGAUUUUAUAAACACCUCGGCUGCUCAGUUGAAGGUUUCCCACAAGUAUUUUAUUAUGGUCCAUGUGGAAAAUACAAUGCCAUGGUACUGGAGCUCCUUGGUCCAAGUUUGGAGGACUUGUUUGACCUCUGUGAUAGAACGUUCACUCUGAAGACUGUCUUAAUGAUAGCAAUUCAGCUGAUUACUCGAAUGGAAUUUGUGCACUCAAAGAAUCUCAUUUAUAGAGAUGUCAAGCCAGAGAAUUUUCUUAUUGGCCGGCAAGGAAAUAAGAAAGAACAUGUCAUCCACAUAAUAGACUUUGGAUUGGCCAAGGAGUACAUUGAUCCUGAAACACAAAAACAUAUACCUUACAGAGAACACAAGAGCCUUACUGGAACAGCAAGAUAUAUGUCAAUUAAUACACAUCUGGGCAAAGAACAGAGUCGACGAGAUGACUUGGAAGCUCUUGGACACAUGUUCAUGUAUUUCCUUCGAGGCAGUUUACCAUGGCAAGGCCUUAAGGCUGAUACACUGAAAGAGCGAUACCAGAAGAUUGGGGACACAAAGAGGAAUACUCCAAUCGAUGUUCUCUGUGAGAACUUUCCAGAGGAGAUGGCCGCCUACCUUCGUUACGUCAGACGAUUAGACUUCUUUGAGAGACCCGACUAUGAUUACCUGCGAACCAUCUUCACUGAAUUAUUUGAAAAGAGAGGAUUCACCUUCGAUUAUGCCUACGACUGGGUUGGCAGACCAAUUCCCACUCCAGUGGGACCCAUGCAUGUAGAAUCGGGACCAUCCGUAAUGCGAGACCCCCAUAUGCAUCGGGAUCGAUCCUCAGUGCAGCCUUACCGGAAUCAGCCUGUGUCUGAACGCAAAGGAGAGUGGGAAAUUCCGGCGGUCCGGCAGGCCAAUGCUUUGUUUCUGACCUCUCACUUGGCUACCGAACGGCAUGGGGGAUCUGUCCAGGUGGUAAGCUCAACCAACGGCGAGUUGAACGUUGAAGAGCCAGCGGGAGCACCUUCCAACGUACAACUUGCAGCCCGUACCGAGGUGGAAGUUGUAGAAGAAGCUAAGUGCUGCUGCUUCUAUAAGAGGAAACGAAGGAAGUCUUCUCAGCGCCAGAAAUAACAGGUGUCUCCUGAAGGCAUUUUGGGGGUCUUUUGCGUACCUGCUGUUCCUGCCAAGUCUUGUUGAAUGGGGGGGGGAGGGGGCUCAUGUUGGGGAAGGUCAAGAAACAAGGGACACUUUAAACCAAAAAACAAAACAAAAACCAACAACAACAGAGGGGGGAGAGACAGAGAGAAAAGAGAGAGAGGAGGGGGAAAUUCCAAAAUAAACAUUCAGGUGGAUUCCCCAGAUGGUCUCCCUCGUUCACUCCUCAUUCACUCCUGAGGCUCCUUUUUGGUAAAAUCAGGAGAGCAUCUCUCCCUCCACCGCCUCUCCCCUCCCCUCCCCUCCAGGCACUGGUUGCUCUUGAUGGAAGACAAGGCUGGAUACCUACCUUCCUUUUCCAUACAUCCCUUCAAAAGGGGGAGGGUCGUCAUUCCUGGCGAAUGGGCUUUGUUCCUCCUCCCCUUUGGGUUCUCCAUGGGCUUCCCCCUCCCCUUCCUUCUUCCCUUCCCUCUCCCCCAACAGGGGGCUGUGGUGAGCCUAUAGGGCCAAGGGAACUCAUGGCUGCAAGGGAAGAGCUGCUGCUGAAUGAGCCCCAAGGUUCUCCUACAUCCAAACCUUUUGGGUUCCAACUCUCCUCCCGGGCAGCCGGUGUUCGUUGAUGGUUGCCCAUGGACAGCAUCCAUGGCAGUGAGCCAACAGUCGGAGAAUUGCAAUUUACUCUUCCAGUUGCCUUGAUUUUUUUUUUUCUGGCUUCGGUGAUGUCUCCUUUUUUUCUUCUUCUUCUUCUUCCCCAGAAUGGUUGGAGGAAACUUGUCCGUUCUAAAUGAGCAUAAGUUUGUUGCACUUUUAAUUAUUAUUAUUAUUAUUUUUUUAUUGUAACACGAUGGAUGCAUAUUACGCUGUUUGUGUGUGUGUGUGUUCUCUCCUCCUCGUGGUGAAUGAGGCUCGGCCCUUCCCACCCCUCUUAACACAGGCUGCCCAUCCGUCCGUCCCUGUUUAGGAUUCCACCAGGACUGCUGCCGGCUUCUUAACGGCCCAACGGUGUUUGCGCCCUGCCGCUUACUUGAAUUUUUUCCAGCUCCUGUUGAACACCCUGCUUGUGGUUUUGUCUCCGUGGUGCCUAUCUUGACUGGCUUGAGAUUGGGAAAAAAAAAAAAAAUCUUUUCUGCUGGCAGGAGAAGCGAAGUCAGCUGGACUGAACUUUGGACAAAUGACCAUGGAAUGAAAUGAGGCCCCUCGGCCUUUUUAAGUGGAGCAAAGCUUCGGCCAGAGAGAGGACACUGCCGUUGCCUUACACUUUGUCUCUGGUUUGGAUUUUGCCAAGGAUUUUCAGUCAAACUCUACAGACUAGAAGAGGGCGUCAUUUUAUGUAGUGCCUGCUGAUUUUUUUUUUUCUGUUUUGUAAAACCUGGGCCUAAGAGUUCAUUAAUGCGAACCUGGACACGCAACGAGAUAAAAUAUCAAAAAUGCAAGGCUUUUAUUUUUUUUCUCUCUCCCUGUAGACGGGAACUUUGGGUAGACUUGGAGAGGGGAGUUGAGGAGGAUCCUUCUUCAAGACCCUUGGAUUCGCCUCCUAAAAUCAGUCUAAAAGGCAACACGACCCCUGUUGAUCCAGCGACUAAUUUUUGGGCACUCCUGGGAAGGAAGCUACGUCCAGGAUUGUAGGGGGAGAAACGAGCCACAAAGUUCCUUGUUUGCAAAUGAAAGAACUGCUAGAAGGGGAAAUGCCACCGGACUGGACUCCUGCUCAUCUCAAAUACUUUCUUCAUGCCUGAUGUUGGUCUUAAUGUUAGAAUCUCAGCCCCACUUCCCUUUGCAGAGCUGUAGAUGGCUGCUCAAUUCCCCAUUAAUGGGCCAGGGGCCAGGUGGUCAGUAAUCUGUGCGUAAAUUCUCUUGACUUCUACCUUUUCCCACACAAACCAACUUUGUCAUCCUCCUCUUUCAUCACGGAUAAAAGAGUUGAGAGUUUCUCCCUUGCUUUAAAUAUUAAAUACCAAUUGAAAUUAGCUUUUUAUUCCACCUUUACCAAGGGAACAGGCUUGCUUUUUGGAGGAGUUAAAAACAAAGAAUUCAGAAAGGAAAAUGGCAGCUCUUUAAUUCUAACAGGAGCAGCGUUAAUAUUUCUCUUGCCCAUUUUGAAAAUCCUGAAAGUGGAAUAUUUUGACACUGAGCAAGACAGUCUGGGGAUUCCCUUCCCCCCAUCAAGGUACAACUUGAAGCUUGCAACAAGGGAGAGCUAUGGUUUUAAACUAAAAACAGCUUUGUUUCUAGAUCCUCAGUACAUCUCUAGUAUGAAAUAGGGACCUGUUCCUUUUAGGAUCUCCCUUUGAUAUAAGCUAAUGAGUCAUUUUACACAGAGCAUUGGUUUGCUUCCUGGAAAAAAAAACCCACAGUUCUUCAUUGCUUCUUUGGAAAUUGUAAUAUCAGCACUUGGAUCUGUAGCCUCCCUUUCCCAAUGAGGCAAAACACAUUGGCUUCCAGUCUGGGAUAAUUUACUUCUGAACUAUGUUGAAAAACCUACGUGUCUUUCCCAGAGCCAAGUCUAUUUAUAAACAGUGAGGAUUGCAUUGCUUCAGGAGCAACGAAUUCAGGAUUCCUUACUAGUCUGACACAGUUUUUCUGUCAGAAUGUAAUAUCAGCAGAUAUUUGAUAUCUGUUUAGGAAAGAAAGAUAAUGAUAUCCAGUUAUCUAGAAAGAGGGCUUCUCACAUAUAUGCAUGUCCAUUAGCUGUUGGUUAUUUUGUCCUGGAAAAAAAAAAAGGACUCAACUUCUGUUCGAGCCAAGAAUCUUAUCCUCAGAUCUCUCCAUAUCCUUGGAAGUUAGCAAAUCUGUUUUAUCGGUGUUGGUCGCUCAUUCUGACUUCCCUUUUUAAUAUAUAUAAAUAAGCUCGAAUUGCUAAUUUAGAAGAAGCUCUGCAUUCACAUUCAAAAAAAUGUACAUACAUCGCACUGAGAAUGACCAGCAUUAGAAAACUCUUCUAACUUCACAGUGGCUUUGAUAACUUUGCUCUCAGUUGUUACCCUUUGACCAUAACUCAAACAUCCCCUGAACCAGUGAUUGGGAGGCUGGGGGUGUUUUCCUAGAGACGUUUGGUCUUCAAGCCCAGAUGUUCCCAAGUCCAAAAUCCGUUCUUCCAUUUCUUUCACGUGCCACACCUUCUACAAGGGGGCGAGCAAACGGUUACUGCUUCUUCUUGGUUCACAGCAGUCCCCAGGUGUGUCUUUCCCAAGAUUUGACGAGCAGUGACUUUCUUACAAAAGGUAAAUGGGAGAUCCAGGGUGAGCCCCUGGCGUGUAGCUUAGUGUUGAGGGCCGGGUGGGUUUACAAACGUGCACUGCCAAAUUCAUACUCUCCCCUUAAGCGCAAAGCCAUAAUCUUUGCUUUCUCAAGAUAUUGCGAGAAGAGGAACAGAUUUUAUGCCUUGUCUGUGGUACUCUUUCUUGGGGCCUCCCACGGACUGUACCAACUCCUUGCCCCGGAAGGCUGCCAGUUUUUACUAGUUGUGAGCCUCAGUAAGUGAGGAACGUAGAGGUUGGUCACUUCCUGCAGGCCUUGAUGUUGGCGUGAUGGCUAGCAAUGAAAGGACCCAGCGGUGGAUGGCCUCGGCGGUUCUCCGAGCUGUGUCUGUCUGACGCGUAUCGCCUAAGUAAUCGGAAACAAGAUUUGUCUUUCUUCAAACUAAUGUUUUUACUGUCCAUGGAAUUGUCUGUGAAGGGUGGAGAAAUGUAAGGUGUACUGAAGUUUCAUAGGAAUUGUAUUCAUUCUACCAAGGGCUGGGAAGUCCGUAGACAGAUCCCGUUGCCCUGCCAACUCUCUGAUUUAGCACCGGGGAUGCUGGGAUUUGUAGUUUGGCUCUUUCAAAAGCCCCCCCCCCCCCGGUUCUCUAUCCCUGCACGGCAUGAUUGUUGGAAAGGGGGGGGGGUUGUAAGUCUUUAUUUUGUUCUUGUAUUUGAUAUGCAGCAAGCCUCGAGUUCGAACUUGGGCAGCAGCCUUUGCUUCCAUUCACUUCAUUGCCAAAUUCGCGCAGUAGACUCCCCCCCCCCCCCCGUACUUUCUCCCCCGAGACCGUCACCCCGCUGAGUCCCAGGAGAAGGCCACCUUUUUCUCCCCAGGCUGGCGGGGAUGCGUGUUCCCUGUUUCCUGGGAUCUGCUCCAAGGUGCCAAUCCAACCUAGGCGGGAAUUCGGAAGGCUUUGAGGUGACUUCUCUCGUUCUUUUCAGACCGUCUCAGGAGUAUAAUCGCUUCCCCUCAGCCCCCCCCCAAAAAGAGAUAUUUCUCCCCCCACCCCAACUGCGCUAUUGCUAUAUGACUUUAGGUGCUACCAUGUGGAAUUUAGAACAGCAGCUGCCUUUUUUUUCACUUAGGAAGCCCACUUGGAUGGGGGCAAAAGUGGGUUUUGCCAUGGAUCAGAAGAGAAGGGAAUUAAGACUUUGGGCGUCUGGGCCAGAACCAAAUAUCGCACCUUCUCCCGUCAGGGAAGUGCAGCUGAGUGGCUUGCUCCCAUUGGAAAACCUCGUGGGAUGUAUAUUUUAUUACGUCUUGUUUCCUUCACCUACGUCGGCCGGCCGUUGUGCUUUUAAAUCGUGGGGUUGGGGAUAGCGAGCGAGGGCAGCUCUUCUUGCCGUCAAGAAAAAUCAGCUGUGAAAAUCUUUUUAUUCCCUCUCUCUCUCUCUUUUUCUUCUUAAAGUAUUAUUAUGUGCACUGUUCAGAUUCUUGUUAAAAUGCCUUUUGGGUUUUUAUUUUUUAACGAUUCUAUUUGAAACAAAGGAUGCAAUGUUUUGACUGUCCUCUCAUCAUCCGUACCCUGCGGUGGCCGCUUGGUGGGGGAACAUGAAAUACCUUUUCCAAGAUGAAUGUCACUUUGAAAUGCGUUUGAAAACAGUUCAACCAGGAUAAGGGCUUAUCUAUGCCAUGCGUAGGAAAUGCCUUCCUCAAGCACGAGUGGGGGUUUUUACCGUGCCAGGAAAUGGGUCUUUCUCCAGCUUUUUCUGGCGCACCUCUUUGAAUGGGACAUUGCAAGAAAUGUUGUGUACCUUGAAUACAUUCUCCCCCUACUGGCACCAUUUUAAUGUAAAAUAAAACAUUGAUUUUGCUCUGUU